AUGGAUAAUGAUGGAUCCAAAUCCGUGACCAUUGGGGAUGACGUACUAGAGGGUUUUUGUGACCGCUUAGAAAGAAUUCACGAUAUGUUAUAUUCAAUUAAGAAUUGUAGUUCAUUGGAUGAGACGACUACUGAUAUAUCAGAAGGACUGUUAGUUCAAUUUUAUGAUGAUCUGGUGAAUUCUGCUCUAGUGAUUCCAGAUUUGGUUGAUGAGAGACGAUUGGGAAAGGAUGAUAUAUUACCGUUCAUGGGCUGGCUAUUAUUGAAAAAAAACACGCUUUACCAAUUCAUUAGCGACGUUCACUGUAUUGAGGUUGGUCUUGUCCAUUUAUUGGAUUUGCUGGAAGAUGAAUUUUCUAAUGAUGGUCAAGAUGGGGACAAAUAUAAUCGAUUUAGUCCAAUGUUUGAUGCCAUCGAAGAAUCUAUACAAAUAAAAAGCCAGUUAGAACCAUGGCUGACCAAUUUAAAGAAAUUAUUGGAUACUUCAUUAGAAUUUAAUGAAAUAUCGAAGGACCAUAUGAAUACAUUGCAUAAGAUCAUUAAUAUGAAUAUAUCACAUUGUCUUGAAAUUCAGGAAGAAAGAUUCGCUUCUCCAAUACGACAUACUCCAUCGUUUACUUUAGAACAAUUAGUCAAGCUAUUAGGCACUCAUACGGAGACCACUGAGCCAAAAGUGCCGAAUUUUUCUGCAGCAGAAGAUAUCUUAUCAAGGAAGUUCUUGAAGUUAAAGAGAAAUAUCCCGCCAAUUGAAAAAAGUUUGACAGAUAUUUUACCUCAAAGAAUUAUACAAUUUGGACACCGGAGUAUAACAAACAUUACUUUCUUGCAGACUAUUCUGCAAAAAAAGUAUGAACUUAUAAUGAAAGAUUAUAGGUUCAUGAACUCAGAAUUUAGGGAGUUGAAAACUGAACUAAUUGAUAAACGUUGGAAUAUUCUUUUUAUCAAUUUGAAUCAUGAGCUAUUGUAUAUCCUUGAUGAGGUUGAAAGGCUGCAGUCGAAAUUGCUGGCAACGAAGUAUACUAAAGAUAUUACUAUAAGGUUCGAGAGGCAAUUGGAAAAAAAAUCAAAGACGGUUUCGAAGACGUUCAAUAUCAUUUAUAGAGCUUUAGAGUUUUCACUUUUAGACGCAGGCGUCGCUUCAAAGACAAACGAGCUCGCUCAAAGAUGGUUGAAUAUAAAACCUGCAACGGAUAAAAUUCUAGUUAAAUCGUCUUCACUGAACAGAAUAGCCACGACUAAGAAAAAAAUUUCAAAGCCGACACCAUUAGGUUAUGAGCGACCGAAUAGUGAUAUUGAAUCUAUAACUCAUAGUUUCCAAGAGAGAGUUAUCAUAAAUGACGCUGAUCAUAGUAUGUCACCGGAGGUUUCAAAUACAACAGUGGCCCCCAAAGGUAGAAAACUCGGCAAGGCGUUACUACAAAAGAUGAAUAUCAAACCUGCAACAAGCCCAGAUUUAUCAAAUGCAAUCAACCCAUUUUUUGAUAUUGAAUCACCAAACAAAGGUAAGUUAGUGCUAACCAGUGUCCCUCCCUUACCCUACGACGAACCUGAUGACACUAAAAUGUGUGCCUUUCGUGAUGAUGAUAGUAGUUUCUCGGGCCACCUUGCUACUUCUCGAUAUGAAACAGUAGGGGUGGUUAAAGAUACUCUUCAUAUAGCAAAGAGCAAAUCGAUGCUUGACAUCGAAGAAGAUAAAUGGAAGCAUUACCAAUCCUUGCCUUCAAGAAUUCCUACAUACAAACCUACGAAAGAUAUCAAAGAAAGUGCACCGGUUGCAAAGGUCUUGCAGACUCCUCCAACAAAAAUUACUUAUAUUAGUAGUCACGUCUGGGUCCCUUCGACAAGAAGAAGAACUCAUUUGAGGCCGCCCACUCCACUGUCGCAACUACUUUCACCAGGGAACAGUCGUUCGAAGAGGACCCCGACAUAUUAA